AAACUGGCCAUUCGCUUCAAGAAGAGCCUUUUUGGGGCCACUUGGCCUACAUGGCCAGUGCAGUCCUUGUUCGGCCUGUUGUAGAGCAAGCGAGAUGGAGCGGUGUUCCUUGUGUAAAUGACGUCUAAGUGGACAUGGGAGACACCCAUACAGCCGACACCAUCGGGAAGCGGACCGUGCUCGGGCAGUGAGCCGAGAGCUGAAGAACUGAGAAGGUGGUGAACGCGCUCGGUCGACGUCGAGCGCGGAGGGUGGCGAAAGUGUUACAUGACAUGCUCGGCUGCUCCGCCACCGGCGAAUGUAACGUGCGCCGCUCACGGCUUUCCUGCGCUAUCUGGCAGCUAACCCGCUCUAGGCGUAGCUAUGGCUCAGUAUCAUGAGCCUGUCCAGUGCACUUUCUCUGCUAUGUAAGUCUACGCUCUUCCUUUGCCACUCUCCUUUGAGGCCUCCCGAGCGGAAACAAGAAAGAAAAGGAGGUGGCAGUGCUGUGUCAAAUGCCCUUUGCUGCUGUGCUCUGGCCGUUGUUUGCAGCUCCUGUCGAGUGCGCGUGCAGCAUUUUGUUGCAACACUGUAGGCUGAGUCUUGCGAUGUCCAGGCCAGAGACCACAGUGAUACAUGUACUGGGAGGCCACGGGCCGAACUGUUUGUGAAUUGCUCCACUUACUGGCGUUCAUGUAGCGUAUGAUAGUCUGUUGUCAAAGCACUUUAGGCUAUUGUUUCAGCACAAUCUGAACUAGAGGGCAGUGAUCUGACCGUGCAUAGGCAGCAGUAGGAGAUUUGAGGACGGAUCAUUGGGUCUGGUAGAUAUCUGUAUGGACAACUCGGACAUCAAAGAAAAGCAAGCCUGACCCAUGCUGUUGCAUGUGAGCAACUCAUAAAACUGCUGUGGAACAUCCCAAGCACCAUCAGUCACAGCCUCCUCCCCUGAGUAGUCACUGCAGAGCAAAAGCCUCCCUCUUACACACCUGCUGAACUGCCUGGAACAGUGUGACGUUCUGUGUACAAGGGAUCUGCUGGUUAGAAAAGCGAGACUCAGUUUGAUUUCGAAGUACUUCAGGCUAGUUUCGGUUACAAUCGUCAAAUUGUCUGCACAUUUUCAGUUCAUUUGGAGCAUUCCCUCCGUGUUCACAGCAGUAACAACUGUAUGGGUUACUAAAGGUCAGAGAGUGGGGAGAUACUUUGAAGGAAGUAGCUAGAGGGCCUUCACCACCACAGCAGCACAGUUUGUAAUUCCGGCAGCACUAUUCCAGUGCACAACCAGCUCCUAAUGUACUCCCGUGCCAACAAGAUGGAGUCGUCGUUCAAUCCUCUAUCCAGGAGUGCGGCGUACCCGGAGCCCAAGCGACGGUCAAUGGCUACCGGCGCCGGCAAUCGUGAUGCUAGCGCCGCGGGCGACGUGAGACGUAGUGUUGGCGGCGGUGGUGGUGAUGGUGAUCGUCCUAGCUCCUUGAUGAUGGCAAGCAGUAUGCUGCAUCUCUUGGACGAACUAGAUGCUCUCCUGGCCGACAUGCCCACACCCAAGCAAGCGGUUAUCACAGAUAUCAAUGCCAGCGACUUCCAAGUCAAGCCGCAGAAGGCAAUCGUGUCACCACCCGUCGCACCAAAGCCGAAAAGUAAUGGCAGGAAGAAGCCUAGUGUGACAUCUGAGAGCACCAUAACACCAGCCACUGUGCCCGCUGCUGAAGACCCCGAACACGACCAAGAACACGACGACAACGUCACCGACCUCGAUGACCUGCUCAACACACUGAACGAUCCAAACUUCCUGGAGAAGAUGGAGCCCACUGGUGCUCCAGAACCUGCUGCAGCUGCCCCCGCUGUUGAGGAACCUGCCGACCCUGGAGCUGUCACGCCCGGCUCGGUACACAGCGAGCCGGCGGCGAUCGGAUCGCGACCGGACGUGAAGAGUCUGCUGAGCGAGCUGAGUCAGAGCGUGGCCGACUCACCGGCAGCUUCCGGGCCCACGUCCCCGGUGACAGCGUCGACGGCGACGCGUGAACUCGACGAGCUCAUGGCCAACUUGUCCUCGUUCCAAGCCAGCGGUGGAGUGAAGGCCGGUGCGGUACCGAUAACAGCUGAAGAAGAUCCUGCGAGUGCAAAGUAUGCCAAGCCCCGCAAGAACAAACCCAGCUCACCACCUCCCACAUCUGCGGUGGCAGCAGCGGCAGCACCAGCAGAGCCCUCGUCCGAAGGCAACGCACAGCUGAAUCGUCUGAAUGAUAUGAUGGACACCAUGCAGAGUGACAUCAGCCGCCAGGGCAUCGACAAUCAGCCGAAGGCAACGUGUGAAGCGUGUCAGAUGGGCAUCGUGGGGCAGGUCAUCACAGCCAUGGGCAAGACAUAUCAUCCGGAGCACUUCACCUGUGUCAGGUGUAACUGUGACCUGGCAACGGAGAAUUUCUUUGAGCGCGACGGCAAGGCAUACUGCGAAGUUGACUUCCACCAGGUGUUUGCACCGCAGUGCGCCCAGUGCAACGGACCUAUUCUUGGGAGAUGUAUG